GACACCGUAUCGUUUAGUAACAUUCCUAUAAUCAUGCAUAAACAUAAUGCCUUCCCAUCAAUGUAAUACAACACUAUAACGCGAAUAUAUAUUUAUGUGUGUGUGUGUGUGUGUGUGCGUAUGUGUAAUAAAUUGUACUGAAAUCGUUUUUCACUUAUUAAGUAACCUAUAACAGCAGUUGAACCGUUAAAACUUUGAACAUUUCAACUUCUGACAAAACGGUUUUCAUUAUAUAAGUAAAUUAUUGUACAUUUUUACUUAAAGGUAAAAAUAUUGACGAGAUGACAAGACUGAUCGAGAACUCAAUAGUGAAGACAUGACAAUACAUUAUUUGUGAUUACAUGACUUAUUUCGUUUUUAAUAAAACUAUACCUGCAACAUUCGCUGUUCAGUUGAUAUUUUAGUGAAUCCUCAAUUGAUCAAAUCUAUUACAAAUAUGACUAAUGUGAAUUUGAAUAAUUUCAUUAAUGAAACGCAGCAUCAGUUUUUAAACUUAUUAAAUCAAGAAUUGAAAUUUGAUAAAAAUGCCGAUUCGUGGAUGCUGAUGAGUACACCAUGGCCAGUUUUAUCAAUUCUUUUAGCUUACUUGUUAUUUGUGUUAAAAUUUGGCCCAAAGAUGAUGGAAAAUCGUCAACCGUUUAAAAUAAAACGUAUUAUCAUGGUUUAUAACAUUGCACAAACCAUUUAUAACAUUUUCAUUGUAUCGGAAGUAUUUCUUACACCCGGUAUAUACACAUAUUUAAUGGUCAAUGUAUGUAAUCCAGAUGAGAGUGAAAGUAAUCGUCAUAUUAUAAAUGUGUUCUAUGUCCAGUCGUGGCAUUAUUUAAUAUCAAAAAUAUUUGAUCUUCUUGAUACCGUAUUCUUUGUGUUAAGGAAAAAACAAACUCAUGUUUCAUUCUUACACGUUUAUCAUCAUGUAAAUAUGGUGGUCACUACUUGGACAUUUUUGAGAUUUAUUAAAGGUCAGCAAGGAGCUAUUUGUGGUAUUCUUAACGCAGUAAUACAUUCAAUAAUGUAUAGCUACUAUUUUCUAUCGGCUCUUGGUCCUCAAAUGCAAAAAUAUUUGUGGUGGAAGAAAUACUUGACCCGUUUACAAAUUGUCCAAUUCAUAUUAGGCCUUAUCUACGCUAUAUGCCUUUUUAUUUACGAUUGUAAAUUUCCGAGACUGUUCACCAUUUACAUGAUAUUCGACGUACUUUUAUUUUUGUAUUUGUUUUUAAUAUUUUACAAAAAAACUUACAAAGACAAAGACACCUAAGUCUCAAUAAACUUGAAAAACAACAUAAAACAAGUUUUUUUAAAUUGUGUCUAUGCAUCUAUAAUAUAUAUACAUAUUUAAGUGGAUAUUCGUAAUGUUAAUAAAUUAUCAAUUUAACAGUAUAAACUAACGUAGGUAUAACUACGACCUAUGUAGAUACCUAUACCUAA